AUUAAUUGAUAAUAAAUAUUUUCAUUUUAUUGUUGAACUUAAUAUUUUAUAAUUUUAAUUUAUAAAUAUUGAGUUAUUUUUCUUUAUAUUCAUAAGUAUUAAUUAAAGCAAACUAUUAUCUUUAUAUUAUUUUAGAAAUGAUUACAGAACCCCUUGAUGUCGGUUUUACGAUCGAAGAAUUGGAAACAAAUGAAAUAAGUGAAUAUAUUUUAAGUCCUGAAAAAUAUGUUAAAUUAUUUUCUUCUUAUUUGCUAACCAAUGAAUUAUGUUCAGCAAAAUUUCUAUGGCGUCGUAUACCAGAACAUAUCAAAAGUACACCAGAAUUGCAAAAGGUAUGGUUAAUUGGCAAAGCAUUAUGGACCAAACAAUACACUCAUGCCAAUGAGUUAAUAAAUUAUAAAUGGUCAGAUGAUUUAGAACCAAUUAUGAGUGCUCUUAAGAGUCGUUUACAACAAGACACUUUAAAAUUUAUAAGUACACACUAUGAAAAUAUUCCGUUGGAUAAGUUUCAAUUAUUUAUGGGAGUAGAUAAAAAUCAAGCAGAAAAAAUUGUAGACAGUGAAGGAUGGACCUGUGAAAAUGGAUAUGUUAUUCCAAUAGCCAUAAGUGAACCUGAAUUAGGAUUAAGUGGUAGUCAUGAAGUUUUAGAUAGAUUAAUUACUUUAUCAUCAUUUACAUCAUAUAUUGAAAAUUAAGAUUUUGUUUAUA